AUGUCAGCCUCGGCUCUGCCUGCCACGCCGAGCUCAGCUAGCUCUCCUUCAAAAGCGAGGAUCUGUAAGAAGCUUGUCGUCAAAGGUCACGCAUCGAACUCAGCAUCCACCUAUACUCUGUACCUGAAGGUUCAUUUACCGACGAGCCACAAGAAAGAAGGAUAUGUGCUCCUAGCACACGGCGGCGUCGAGCUACACGACGCCAUCGUUCAUCGUCUCGAUGAAUCUGGUGCCGCCCCCGCACUUUCAACCUCGGCUGCCACUGCUGCCAACGUCCUCGGGAUUCCUCUGUCAAUCGACCACGGGCUCAACGACAGCUUCAUCGACUAUGCAGCCAAUGACAAAAGCAAGGAAAAGCAUUCAGCGGCUCGACGAGACCACUCCGAUCUGCCAGCGGUCGUACAGAGCGACGAUGGAAAAAUCACAAUUCGCCCCUCCGUCCGUCCGAGCCCGAGAUCAGAGCAUACAAGCGCAACCCGCACUUCCUCCAGUGCGUACAUGGUGACGCUUCAUCUGCAAGUCAAGCCUCUCUCAACGCCGCCGUAUGCCCCAUACUCGGUCAGACUUGCGGUUCCCGUCUGCUUGAACAACUACAUGCGAUUCACCGUGGACGAGUCCAUAGACACCGCCUUCGGCCUGCACGGCAUGGCCGUCGAAGUUGACCCUCCGAUCUUGCCAGUCUCUGCGAUACGCAAGCCACUCCGCAGAAAAGACUCGUCAGGCUCAUCACAUCGAGCCUCCAGCGUCGUCUCCCUCUCCGAUGACGAGGCCGACCUCACUCUCCUUGGUGCCGAUUCCGUCGACGACUCUGAACCCGAACAUGACGACACCGCCAUAGCAGGCCCAUUUCAGGCGUGCGACGCACUCGUUCUACGCAUCGCCGCACAGCAAGCCGGAGAUUUCAUCUCUGUCAGUCAUCCUCUCCGCGUAUGGCCGAAUGCACUACGAGCAGAAAAGGCACUCAGCACAAUCAGAUAUCUGCCGCAGAAGGCCGAACAAGGGGAUUCCGAGGACGAGGCAACCACAGUUGAAUUUGAGGCCACGCUCCAUCUUUAUCGCCCCUACUUUCCUGGGCUCGACCGCGAAGUCCAGCUUUAUCUUCAGCUUGACUCCGCUGUGUCACCAUUUGAAUGGCACCCGACAACAGUGGAUGUAUCGACAGGCAUCUUGAGCUGGUCCUUUGGCCCUCUUGCAUCUUCAUCGCCCCCAACGAGUCAGCAGUCUGGUCGCUCACUCGCGACGAGCCAAGUAGCACCAUCUGCAUUUGAGAUAGGCGAUCUUGUCGUUCUGCCAGAGCCGAGUCAACAAACAGCCGACGACGAGGACUUGCUCAGCGUUGCUCCACCAAAGGGCAUUAACGACGCCGACUUUGACUUUUCGCUCGACAACGCCGCAACAACACCGAACAAACAGCGCAGAUUCUCAUUGCAAUCUUCCACCAGCUUCCGGCUUCCUCCAUCGACACCCUCGUCCGAGCCCUCCGAGCCAUCAAUUAGCUCGAGCAAUGUGCUUUCACUCACCCUGAGCUUGCUGCCAGUAUUGCAGAUUCACAAGCCUCUCUCGAUCUGCGCGAAGGGAAGCAUGAUGCUCCCAGCGACACUUGCCACAGCGUUCCGGAAAGGCGACCUGUCCGAGCUUCCUCGCGGCCUGGUCGCGCCUGCUUCUCAGAUUCAGUCGUUUGGAGAGGUCACGCUCGCAUCUGUUGACGCCGAGAAGAAGCCGUGGCUGCUCGAAGAGCAGCUCAACGACUCGUUGGUUGACUCGCGCGAAACAGUGCUGCAAAGUCACGAACAAGAAAAGCCUAGCCUGGUCCUGCGAGAUACCAAGGCGAUCAACUUUGAAGAGGCCGAGGUGAUCUUGCGGCGAGCGCUCGCGAUCAUCGCAGCGCAUGACGGCUCCUCAAGAAAUGCCGACCGUACAGCGGCUGUGGUAGCACGGCAAGGCGAUCUGUCCGGACGAAACAAGCAACGGACUGGAAGCAGCUGGAUACUGCCGGUAUCUCACCUGCUCUGGACGCUCUUCCUGACGGCCAUGGUCUUGAUGCUCUUCAAUGCAGGUCAAAACGCCAACCGUGCUCUGUCUGCAAAACUUGAUGAGCUCUCUCGCCUACUGGAAAUAUCGGCGCAGAGCACGCAUCCGACGACGUACCACAUUUCGGUGCCCCUAGAAUCAAACUCCAGCCCAAACACUCCGGCGGUGCGGCCGUCUUCAAUGGAAGAAGGAGCCCCAGGCUCGCUCGAUAAUGAUCCCCUUAACAUUCCGGACAACGCUGCGCACACCAUGAUUCCUUCUGAGGCAGAACAACUGGACGAAGUACGAACUUUCUGGCAAGACCCUCUCGUCUCGGAAAGCAAGGAAGUGGAUAUGAAGAGUGCGCAACUCGGACUGUCGCACUUUGUAUCGAGCUGGGUCCGUGAUCUGCUACGCGCGCCCUUCCUCGUCGUCCGACAGCUCCUGGGUAUCUUCAUCGGGACGAGAUAG